GGUGCGCCCCGUGCCGCCAAAGCAGGGGCCGGGCUGCCUUCGAGGCCGACCCUGGACGGGCAGCUCUCUCCCCAGCGGCGCUCUCCCGCCCCAGAGCGCCCAGGGGCCGACCUUCGCGAUGCGCUCCCGGACCUUCUGCGAAGAGACAGCGCGUGGGCGAGUCCCUCCGGCGCCUUGAGUCUGAACGUUCCAGAAAUCUCCCCCCUGAAAGAAAGAUGAAGUUGUGGUACUUCCCAGGGCUCAUAAUCAUUAGUCUGCUAUACUUCUGGAUCCCAUCAUCAAUGUGCUGUAAUAAAGCUCUCUGUGCUAGUGAUGUCAGCAAAUGCCUAAUACAGGAGCUGUGUCAGUGCCGACCUGGUGAAGGAAACUGUUCUUGCUGUAAGGAGUGCAUGCUUUGCCUAGGCACACUUUGGGAUGAAUGCUGUGACUGUGUUGGUAUGUGUAAUCCUCGGAAUUUUAGUGACACACCUCCCACUUCAAAAAGUACCGUGGAGGAGCUGCAUGAACCAAUCCCUUCCCUUUUCCGGGCACUUACGGAAGGUGAUACUCAGCUGAGCUGGAAAAUUGUGUCCUUUCCCGUUGCAGAAGAACUGUCGCAUCAUGAGAAUUUAGUUUCAAUUUUAGAAACAGUGAACCAUCCCCAGCAUCAGAAUGUUUCCAUUUCAAACAACAAUGUCCGUGCUUCAUAUUCUAGUGAAAAAGAACGUGUGUGUACUGUGGUUUACUUUGAUGACUGCAUGUCAAUACAUCAGUGCAAGAUCUCUUGUGGAUCUACGGGUGCUUCCAAAUACCGAUGGUUUCACAACGCCUGCUGUGAAUGUAUUGGACCUGAAUGUGUCGACUACGGGAGUAAAACCGUAAGAUGCGCAAAUUGUAUGUUCUGAAGUUAAACCAUUCAGUUUUAAUAUUGCAGACACCAAAGAAUAUGUGUGUGUGUGGGGAAAGGGGAUAUAUCUUGCAUGUAUUACUUUGGAUGGUACAGCUGCAGCACAGCUGAAGGGACCUAGAGAUGUAUAAUAUUUUAAAUAUGUAAUUUUACAUUUUAAAUCAUUGGAACAAUUAAUUAGUAAAUAUUUAGAUUUUGGUUUUGAUUGAACAAUGUAAGAAGUUUCAUAAAUUGAAUUUUAUUUCAGUCUUAUCGGCUAAUUUGCAUAUACAACCUUAGGUUAGAUUAUCAUGAAGCUUCACCAGAAUCAUAAUUUCGAAUUCUGAAUUAAGCAGUGUUAUAUUUUUUGAGCUUCUCACACGUCCAGCAACGGUGAAUUGCUUUUACGGACCACACAGAUUAUGCAUUAAAGAGCUCUCCAGCAAUAGCCACUUGUUUGUAAGAAAGAAAAGGAAUUUAUUCUUCUUUUUUGUUUUAAGAGUUCACCCUUUUUAAGAAUAGCUCUUUAUAAAAAAUAUUUAAUAAACUUAAUUAUGUCCUUUUCAUUGCACCCUUCUUUUUUUUUUUGCUUCCCUAACUCUUGACCUCAGCUAGGCUGUUUUGAACAAAAUGGAAGAAGCUUUGGAAAUUAAAUUAUAAAUCAUAGUAGAUUCGGAAAAUAUGGAUAUAUAAAAACAAUAUGGGGCUUAGAUUAAAUAGGAAAUUAUUUUUAAAAACAUAGUUAGUGGUAUCUACUAAAAUUUACAUACUUGACUGUCCAUUUUCCCAUUUCCAAUUAUAGAUUCUCAUAAUACACUGUUUAAUUGUUACUGUUAACAAAUUGCCUAGUUUACUACUGUGAUUUGCCAUUUAGGGAAACUAUUCCUUUAUAUAAAGAUAUAUUUAGAAAUGGAUACAUUUAUGGUUUUUAUAAGAAAUUGCAUCCAAUAUCCAGACUGAGAUUGGCAGAGAAAUGGUUACUGUUCUCAAAGAUUAGAGCAGGGUUUUUCAAACUUUUUCAGGGUGUGGAACCUGUUAGUUAAGAGAAAAAUUUCCCAGAACGUCUGAUCAAAAUGCAAAGCUCUUAGUGAGUAAAAAAUUGGCUGUGCUCCAGUGCACAUAUGAUCAGGUUUUUUCCAUGGAACAUAUUAAAAAAAAACUCUAGGUUAGAGCACCAGUCAGUCACUAAAUAGGGUCCUGUAAUGUCUCUUCCUCCAACAGAUUCUGUUUCUACCACUAUGCAUUUAUCAGGUGAGAUAACAUCAUGCAGCAUCAAAUGGAACAGUUGCGUUCUAGGAGUUCAGUGACCAAUUGAAAGUAUUGCAUGUUUUUAAAUGUGAGCUACAGUUAACCUUUUGUAUAUUUUAUCUAAUUUAAGACAGUCUGGGUGGUAAACUUCAAUACUUUUCAUUCAGAACUAAUAUACAGUUGUAACACUGGAUUUCCACGGAGGAAAGAAAUAUAACUGCUUAAAGGAAGAAUCUGUAAAUGAAAUAUUUCUCCUGCUUUUGAAUAUUAUCAUUCAUUUAUUUUGCAAACAAGUGGUCUUAUAGACCA